GCACACACAUGCAAGAUGCAGGCACGCUCGGAGGACAGACCAUAAGCAGUGCAAGGCUAUGAUAUAGAAAGGAACGAGGGCACUGAGGCUUCAGGCAGCGGUGGCUUGGCUGUGGUUGGCUAAUCCUCUCCCCCUGCCCCCCUUCGCUCGGCUAGGCAUUUGGCACUGGGAAAGUCCAGUAAAAGUCCUACUGUAGCAGCUCGACACAAGAUGGGAUCUGGCUCUUCCACCUACCGGCCCAAGGCGAUUUAUCUGGAUGUCGAUGGAAGAAUUCAAAAGGUGGUCUUCAGCAAAUACUGCAAUUCCAGCGACAUCAUGGCUCUCUUCUGCAUCGCGACUGGGUUACCUCGGAACACAACUAUCUCGCUCUUGACCACAGAUGAUGCCAUGGUCUCUAUUGACCCAACGAUGCCAGCAAAUUCGGAGAGAACCCCAUACAAAGUGAUACCAGUGGCCAUCAGACAACUUUCAGAAAAAGAAGAAGUUUUUCAGAAUGUAUUGACUCAGCUUGCAGAACAGUUCUCAAGGGCCUUUAAAAUCAACGAACUGAAGACUGAAGUCGCUAAUCACUUGGCAAUGCUGGAGAAACGAGUUGAAUUGGAAGGACUGAAAGUAGUGGAGAUUGAGAAAUGCAAAAGUGACAUUAAAAAGAUGAGGGAAGAGAUGGCUGCGAGAAACACCAGGACUAACUGUCCCUGUAAGUACAGCUUUCUGGAAACCAGCAAGAAGCUGACACCCCGACGAGACAUCCCAACCUAUCCAAAGUACCUGCUCUCUCAGGAGACCAUAGAAGCUCUCAGGAAGCCAACGUUUGACGUCUGGCUUUGGGAACCCAAUGAGAUGCUGAGCUGUUUAGAACAUAUGUACCAUGAUCUCGGCUUGGUCAGAGAUUUCAACAUCAACCCCAUCACACUGAAGAGAUGGUUGCUCUGCAUCCACGACAACUACAGAAACAACCCGUUCCACAACUUUCGACACUGCUUCUGUGUGACCCAGAUGAUGUACAGUAUGAUCUCCCUCUGCCAUCUCCAGGAAAAGUUUUCCCAAAUGGAUAUUCUAAUCCUGAUGACAGCCUCCAUCUGCCAUGAUCUGGAUCACCCGGGGUAUAACAAUACUUACCAGAUCAAUGCACGCACAGAACUCGCAGUGCGUUACAAUGACAUUUCACCUCUGGAGAACCAUCACUGUGCUGUAGCUUUCCAAAUCAUAGCUCAACCCGAAUGCAACAUUUUCUGCCACAUCAAGCCAGACGAAUUCAAACAGAUCAGACAGGGGAUGAUUACCUUAAUCCUGGCCACUGACAUGGCAAGACAUGCAGAAAUCCUGGACACUUUCAAAGAAAAAUUGGAAAACUUUGACUACACAAACGAGGAGCAUAUGACCUGUCUGAAGAUGGUGUUGAUCAAAUGUUGCGAUAUCUCUAAUGAGGUCCGGCCAACAGAAGUAGCAGAACCUUGGGUGGACUGCUUGUUAGAAGAAUAUUUUAUGCAGAGUGACCGUGAGAAGACGGAAGGGCUUCCAGUGGCACCUUUCAUGGACCGGGAUAAAGUGACCAAGGCUACCGCUCAGAUCGGCUUCAUCAAGUUUGUCCUGAUCCCGAUGUUUGAAACAGUAACGAAGCUCUUCCCUGCUGUUGAAGAAGCAAUGCUUCAGCCUCUUUGGGAAUCUAGAGAUCGUUAUGAGGAAUUAAAACAAAUAGAUGAUGCCAUGAAAGAGUUGCAGCAGAAGAAUGAGGAUGUGACAUCUGGAAAUACUGAGAAAUCAAUAGAAAGGACCACGGAGAUUAAAAAAAAGUCUGAAGGCUACGCCUGAAGAAAACUGAAGGCUCUUGAACUUUUCUGUUUACUGGUGGAGCCAAACAUGAGAAUCUCCGGCCUAGAAGAUCUGUGGCUACCUGACCAUGUUUUCUAAGACCAUGUUUCACUAAUGCCAAAAAGAAGGAAUUCAUGAUGAUGUACAGAUUUUUUUUAUUUUUAAACUGUCUUCUAAAUAAUAUAUUCUUAUACAGAAA